AUGAGUGACUCGGUAGAAAAUACUGAGGAUUCCAACGAUAACUUGAUAAUUAGAGCAUAUAACGUGCCUUCUGAGUAUACAAUUUCGAAAUUCCACGACCUUAUAAAGGAGAACUGUUCAGCUGCUCAACUGGAGAGUAUAAUUCCGCCACAGCCCUGGGACGAUCCUGUGGAUACUUGUUGGAUAAUAAUUUGUAAAAACUCUAAAACUUAUAAAUCGCUUCUGGCUCUGGAGGACAUUUGGUUGAAAGCCGACAAAAACGAUAAGUUCUCACCUGCUGUUACAUUUUUACCUGGACAACAACACGAUCUUCCUCACAUACCUUCCAAAUCUGAUGAACAGCUUCUCAUCAACCAGUUUACGCCAACUUAA